UCCAAAACAGCGGUUUCUUUAUGCAUUUACGUUUAAAAGAUAUUUUUACUUCUUUUUAGGCGAAACAUUCUUCAAUAGCAACAGUCAUCAUAAACUGCGAAGGAGCAUAAGGGUGUAUAAGAUGGCGACAUUAAAUAGACACAGAACUGGUAAUGCUGUAGCGAAAUUUAUACGGAGAAACCUGCUUGUUAUACUUAUAUUUAUGUCAAUGCUAUUUGGCAUCGUACUCGGCUGUGUUUUGAGAACAACGGGGUCACUUGUGGACAGAAGAAAUCAUUUUUACCUCAAGUUUCCCGGGGACAUUAUGCUCAACACUCUACGGAUGGUGUCUGUGCCUCUUGUUGUCUCCAGUAUUGUCUCGUCCCUGGCCUCAUUAUCGAUGAAGACCUCAGGCAGUAUCGGACUGAAGGCUUUAAUCUACUACCUUGUAACCACAGUGUGUGCUGUCAUCACUGGCACCAUUGGCAUUGUUGUUAUUUCUAUUGGCAAGGAAGCAGCAGAACAACCGGGGAAAAUUUCUAAUGGCAUGAGCCAACUAGAUUCUGUUUUGGAUAUAAUGAGAAAUGUUCUUCCGGAUAAUCUGGUGAAAGCAACAUUUUCAAAGAAACAAACCGUGCUUUCUAAAUACAAUGUGGAGAUUGUAAAUGAUACCGGGUCCGUCAUUUUCAACAACACAGCAAACAUUGUAGGAAGAAACUGGUCAAGUAGUUUUAAGUCUGUUGAGGUUCCGACGGUUAUAUCUGUCCCCGGUACCAACAUGAUGGGAUUAAUUGUUGUGUCCAUUUUCCUCGGAUGUGUUCUGUCCAGUAUGGAGGACAAAGCCAAACCUCUCGUGGACUUUUUCCAGUGUAUAUACCAGGCCAUGAUGCGGUUAAUCCUAAUAUUUAUAUGGUUCACCCCUGUGGGAUUGACGUUCAUGAUAGCAGCAACAGUAGUACGGAUGGAGAAGCCGACGGAAGCCCUGCAAGAGCUUGUCGUCUUUAUACCAACAGUUUUAUUUUGUCUUAUGCUGCACGGGUUUGGUACCGUACCUUUCAUGUAUUUCUUGGUAACCAGAAAAAAUCCAUACAAAUUCAUUAGGAAUAUGUCCAAGGCGUUGCUGACAGCAUUCGGGACUGCAUCAAGUGCGGCUGCUCUCCCCUUCACGAUGGACGAACUGAUAAAGAAGAAUAAGGUCAACAGCCGUGUUGUCAAUUUCAUUGCUCCGAUAGGGGCAACUGUCAACAUGGACGGUAUUGCGCUUUAUAUUCCGAUGUUGACUAUUUUCAUCUCUCAUCGUCUAGGAUUUAUUUUGGACCCUGCACGCUAUGUGGUGAUCGGAUUAUCAGCCAUCGGAGUAUCUAUAGGGGCGGCAGCAAUUCCCGGUACAGGUCUUAUGAUUAUGACAGUGGCUGCAAUCGCGGUUGGACUUCCUGCUGACCAAGUUCUCUUCACCGCUACGUUUGACUGGAUUUUUGAGCGAUUUCGGACAAUAGUCAACGUUGCAGGAGAUUCAUUUGGAGCCGGUAUCGUCGAUCAUUUAUGUUUUCCCAUGCUAUCACGUGACAAGAAAGACUCGAGGUAUGCAUCAGGAAGUCAUUGUAAGGAAGUAGAAGAAGAAAACAGUUUAGUUUGACAAUAGACAAUAAAAGGUUUUCUGUGGUGUUUUAAAUUCCUUCUGUUUGUGCAUUCUACAUUUAUGAUCUAAAAUUGUUUUCAUUUUUUUUUUACAUCAUUAUGUUUGUUUACAUUAAAUGGAAGUAUU